ACUCAUUCACAAAAAAACAAAAUCUGAUCUUUACAGAAAAUCAGUCAAGAUGGGGUUGCUCAAGAAGAACAUGAUGAUAGAAUUACUCCAAGGAUUUCUAGGAUACCCACCAACAGAGCAACAGAUUGCAGGCUUCCUUUCCAUUGUGAAAACAGGAAACAGUGAACAUCUGUGCCUUGGUGAUGUUGCAAUUCCUCUAAAGUCCCCAGCGGUAAAAUACAUGGAGAAUAUGACCACUGCUCUUGGUCAUUACAUUAGAGACCGUAAUGAGGAGAGCUACAGUGCUGCCCUCAAGUCUCUGCAGAAGAUUAAAUUCCCAGUGAGUAAGAUAUGGAUAGAUAAAGAUAUCUUGUAUGUCAAAUUUGAAAGAGAGAAGCUCAUGAAGUGUAUUUUAAAGGAGGUAUCCAGGAAUGGGUACAACUAUGGAAAGAGCAAACUGAUGUCAUUUAUGAAAAUUACAAUAGAAAAAGGUGCAAGCGGAGAGUCAUCUGCUCCAGCAACUUCACACCGUGGCCACAAACUUGCUUUCCACGUUGGGGAGAUUCUCAAACAUGCUGGUGCAGCCGUGGAGCUACAAGAAUGUGAUGAGAGCAAACCCAGAGGAGAGAAAAGGCAAAAUCCUCCGGCACCAAUAUCAAAUGAACAGAAAAAAGAUGGUAAAGGUACUUUUAAGCGUCCAGGACAUUGUCGUCCUUUUGCUCCUACAAUAGAACCAAGUGCAAAUGUCGCUGGGGGUGAGUUUAAGAGGCUGGUGGCGGCAGGCAUGUCAAAACCUGAGAGAGAAAAAAAGAAACAGCAAAAGGGUAUGCUCAAGGAGAUGUUAGAUAUUUUGGAUCCAUCAGUUCCCUUCCAGCCUCCUAAGGACCAGAAGAAGGGACUUGUAGAGGAGAUAGCUGAUGCUUAUAAGGACAUUAAAGAUAUUAUAAAGUCCUCAAAAGAACCAAAAACAGAGACAACAAGCUAUACAAUAGAAAAUGUCACAGAGGAAUCUUACCCAUCACUUCGUGAUGAUAAAAUUUUUAGGAAAUGUUUUAGCAGUCAUAUGAUAUCUCACAUAGGAGGGACAAAAAAGCAAACAUUUUUGCUACCAAGGAAAGUAAUAGCUAACCCUGUUACUCCAACAGAGGAAGAGGAAAAUGAGAUAAGCCUUUGUUUUGCAAGAGAACCACUUCCAACUACCAUGAUUUCCAAGGCAAACCAGUAUCUCUUUGCUCCAGUUGUUCACAUGAAAACUAACAAGGUGUGGGAUGGAUCAGCGGAAGAUUUAUGCAAAAUCUUGGUAGAGGAACUGAAACGAGCAGCUAUGCAGAAACAUGGAGACAUUGAUACACCAGAAUGGAGCCAGUUCUUGGAGGAGCAAGCAUGGAGAUGCAUGAGCCUCCAGAUGCUUAGUGUCUCUCACUGCUCUCCACUGAAAGUAGAAGUGGAUGGUGUGACUCAGAACUCGAGAGAAUCUGCAUUUAUCUUGUAUAACUAUGCACGCCUCUGCACCAUCUUCCAAUCUUUUGAAGAGAGUGUCUCUGAAGGAGAAAUUCCACCAUUGCCAGACAUUGAAGAGGUUGACUUUGCCCUGCUGAGAAAUGAUGAGGAAUGGCAAUUGGUCUGGGGAUACAUCUUUCACUUCCCAGACAUCAUAGAAGAAAAUGCUGUGGAAAUCCUGAAAGGCAGUGGAAAAUUUAGAACUGUAGCUGUCACCAAGUUCUUAAGUUCCUUUUCACAUCGUGUGAGCGAAUACUACAGCCGUUACCAUGUCCUGUGUGAGCCUCUGCCACAUCUACUCCCCACAAUAUAUGCAAGACUUCAUCUCUUGCAAGCUAUCAAGACUGUGAUGGAAAUAUGCUUUGCUACACUAGGGGUUGAAUCACCUACAUCUUUCAUGUAAUUUCUGUUUGAAGUAUUUCUUAAGCUGU